UCCAGCGCAAAUCUGGGUCUCCUCUCCACUUUUACGCAGGCAGGUCAACAGAGUUAAAUCAGCGCAAAGCACUGACACCUGCCUCGCCUAAAGCAAAGCACAGAAGCAUGGGUUACUGCGCAGACUAAGCCAGAGCCCAAAUCCAGGAUUAAAAACCACAGAUCUUCAUCUCCCACUGGGCUCGACUGUACCUUUCUUUGACAAACUGCUUCUUAACAGGUCAUGGACAAUCAAAGAUUAACAGAGGACGGAAAUGACACGUUAUCUACUGAAGACUCAAACAUGGAAUUCAGCUUUGUUGAAAAUGUCACAGAAAGUAGCCAUACUGACUCUGAAGGGGACACAGUCAUCGCCACAGAGGAGCGCACACAACUCCCCAUGAUACAAAUAGACCAGAGGGACAUGGACAGUUUAGGACAACUUUUCGAGUGCUGCAUCCAGCAUGUGUCCUAUCUAGAGGUGCAGAGGGACGAGUUGAUACAGGAGCUCAUGCAACUGCAGGAACCCAUGCUGCGAGUUGUGGAGCACCUGAGGGGAAAGCUGCUAGACACACGGAGGCUGUUCACUCUGGCUCAGCUGGAUUAUCUCGCUGUUUAUGAGGAACUGCAGCAGGUGAAGAGGAAAAUGUUUGCCACAGCCAGACAUUGCAUCCAGAGCCAGGUGACACUGACUGCACAAGAGUAUGAGGUGGCUCAGUCUGCUGUUACACAGGAGGAGCUCAAGGCCCAUAUUCAAAGUCUGACCCAGGAGUUGUCUCAGCUCCGGGAGGCCCACCAGAACCAGCUCAACUCCUUGAGGGACCAGGCCAGAAAGCCCUACAGACCAAGAGCCAUGAGCGACAUCAGCCAGUGCCGGCAGGCUUCUGUCAGAUUACAGCGGCGGCUCAGCGGCAGCAUGAGGGUACUGGAGGGCUGGUAUGAGCCUCGGCUCAUGGCCCUGCUGAAGAGGAGGCAGAUUGUGGAGGAUGCCUUGAGAAUAAGCAGGGAGCAGGCGACAGACCUGAGGGCCAGCCUGGGGCCACUGAGAGAGAACAUACAGAGAAUGGAGGUGCAGAGGUCCUGUCUGGAGGAGAGGAUCAGCCUGAUGGAAAGGGAGAGGGAGGAGAGUAUUGCUCAACACAAGGAGACUGUGGAGAAACUAGAAGAGACUCUGAGAGAGUUACAAGAAGAAUUUGAAGUUCAAAGAAACUCUAAGAAAGAUUUGGAGGUGCUUAGGGAUGGCCUUUUAGCAGAGCUGACAUUUCUCAGGGGCUGUGAUGAACCCAGUGAAACCACUGCAGAGGAGGAUCCCUAACUUUCUAUUUUCAGUGGACACUCUUAAACCAGAAUCUCCACCAGACCAAAGUACAGCAUUGCAUGUAUAUUUAAUGUCAAAGAUAAAAUCUAAUAUAUGUUGCACAAUUCAAACCUGGUAUUCAUUCAUUUAAUUUCUCAUCAACUCAUAUUGCAUAAGAAAUUAACAUCUAACAUGCUGUGCCAAGAAACCGAGCAGACAGAUUUACUGUAAAUAUUUUAUUAUGAAUAUAUUUAAGUACACAAGAGUUCAGAUGCAGCACAGAAUAACAAACAAAAAAAUGCAGAGAAAAAGACAUACAAGAGACGCAACACACAAUCUGGAAAAGUCAUACUACGUGUAUCAAGCAAACCUAUGUUAUGUACAAUUUUAAUAAAAAUGGAUCUCGAUAGAAAUGUUUUGCAGAAAACUAAUUCCAGAGGAGAGAAAUAAAACCAUGAAAAUGCAAACCUGAAUGAUGAUGGACACAUCUUUGAUGGUUUCAUCACAUGUCAGAGUUGAGUACUGGAAGUUUGGAAAACUAAAAAGACCUAAAAAUCUGACGAUAGACUUGUUUUAAAUACUUCACAACAUGAUGACAGCUCAGCAAUUUAUUCUUUCAUGUUCUACAAAAAACACUGCUGCC